AUGACGGAUCGGGGGUCGAUGUCCAUCGGCGCACUCAUCCAGUACACGCUCUUUGCAGCGGUUGCAUACAUCCUCGCCGGAGCACCCUACCUCGACGUCCUCCUUACAACUUUCCACUUCUCUUCAAGCGACUCCGCCAGGAAUGCCGGGAACAGCAGCAGGACCUCAGAGUCCAAAUCCGUGACUCUCGACUCGUUGUGGAUUCCGCCCGAGGACCUGGUGUGCGAUGGCGAGCAUGGGCAUGGGUAUCGGACGUAUGUGUUUAGUAGGGAGCCGUUGGUGAUUUAUGUGGAGGGGUUUUUGAGCGAGUGGGAGAGGGGGGAGAUUAUGAGGAUGAGCAAUCCCCACUGGGCCCCCUCCCCCAUCUGGACCAACAACCAAGAACACCACAACCCCAAAAUCCGCAACUCCCUCCGCGCCCCACUGAACCUAACCAAAAUCACCGCCUCCUCCUCCUCCUCCUCCUCCUCCUCCUCCCACCCCUCUACCACCCCACCACCUUCCGAAUCCAAGCUCCUCCCCUGCCUCGCCCACCGCGCCCUCUCCUUCCAAGGCCACCGCCCCCACCUCUCCAUCGAAACCCCGCUCUGGACCCAAAAGUACCUACCGGGCGGGCACUACGCGUACCACUACGACUUCAGCGACCCGGGCGGCGGCAGCGGCACCGCGCGGAACACAAAAAAGCGGGGGAGGGCGAGUACAUUCAUGGUAUACGUGGCCGCCGAGCGAGACGAGCACGGGCGGGGAUUAUCCGGCGGAGGCACAAAUUUUCCUUAUCUGGCGAGGCCGGGGGGGAGGGAGUGGUGUCGGUUUGUUGAGUGUCCUGUUGAAGGAGAGGAAGAAGGGGGAGAAGAGGAAGUGGGAAGGGAUGUGAAUGGUGAGGUGGUGAGGGGGACGACGUUCAAGGCUAUACCGGGGAAUGCGGUGUAUUGGGAGAAUCUGCGGGAGGAGGAUGGGAGCGCGUAUAGGGAGACGUGGCAUGCGGGGUUGCCGGUGCGGGCGGGGGUGAAGGUCGGGUUGAAUAUUUGGAGUUGGUUGGAGGAGGUGUGAGGGGGAGAUGCGAGUGAGUGGAGGGAAUGGGGAGGUGAGAUGCAAGAAAGAAGAAAUCUCGACGUCGGCCCAGAGGCAAGUCGGGUCGAGCCUUGGACGGCAACAAGCAUGGUUUCAGCGUUUCGGCAGCAUGCAAGACGCUACACUGAUAUCCUCCAGGAAGAACAAAAGAGAUCGGCAGUAAAAUAAUUGAUGCAGGCCAAUACACAGAAAUACACAAUC